GGUAGUUCCUCCGCAGACAUGAACACACGUGCAUGGAGCUGUUAGUGCAACUCGGCAAGCUCUGAUUUUAACGACUGUUUUACCAGAAGCACAAAACUGAAGAUGGAGCAGAGGAAGGACUCGCUGGUCUCGAAGGGGAAGCAGCAGCAGCAUGUGGGGAGUGACAGCGAUGAAGACUCGGAUGUGGAGAAGAACUAUGCCCUGUUAGUCAAGAGAGGAGGACCAAGCGGGGGGAUGGAGGAGUAUAAUAAUAGUGACGAAGAAGAGUUUGAAGGUAGUGAAGAAGGGGAAGAAGUUGAGGACCAAUCCGAAGGCACAGAUGAGGAGGAGUCUAAAGCUGGUGAAGAAGAAGAGGGAUCACAUGUAGGGGAACAGGGGGAUUCUGAUGAUGGUGAGAAAGAGGGAGAUGAAGGUGAGAAAGAGGUAGAUGAAGAUGGUGAAAGUAGCGAAGCCUCAGAGGAGGACACAGAAGAUGAUGAAGACCCAGAAGGUGGCGGUGGAAGUGAGAUCCACACAAAAGAAGACAUCAGAAACGAACUGUCCACCAUGUCCUUUGAAGACAUCAUGAAGCUACAGAACAAAGUGGGAACCAAAGUCUACAACGAGGUUGCAUACGGCAGCAGCAAGAGUCAGAAGCCCAGCAAGAAGAAGAGACUCAACAAGAACAGGCCCGUGGAGAUCUCAGCCAAGAAGCGGACCCCCUUCCUCCGUCAGGUGGUCCCCGUCAAGAAACAGACACUGAGAGAUCCUCGGUUCGACGACCUGUCUGGAGAAUACAAACCCGAAAUCUUUGAGAAGACAUACAAGUUCAUCAAUGACAUCAAACAAAGAGAGAAAGAGGUUGUCAAGAAGCAGCUGAAGAAGACGAAGAAGAGCAACCAGAAGAAGGAGGAGCUGCAGUUCCUGCUGAAGAGAUUGGAGAACCAGGAGCGAGCGAGACAGAGCCGAGAGCAGAAGAGAGAGAGGGAGCUGGAGUUCAAGAGGCAGCAGAGAGAGAGAGCCAAUCAGGGAACACAGCCGUUCUUCCUCAAGAAGUCUGAGAAGAAGAAGCUGCAGCUGGCUGAGAAAUACCAGGAGCUGAAGAAGAGCGGCAAGCUGGAGAACUUCCUCAGCAAGAAGAGGAAGAGGAACGCCACGAAGGACCGCAGGAAGCUGCCCCGACAGCCGCAGAACUAGAACGAUGCCUGAAGCACGAGGAGGACGAAGAGGAUCCCCGCUGGGAAACGGAUGGAAAUGAGAACUCUUCCUCCUCCCGUCUGCCAGCAGUCUCCCUGCACUGCAGCAUCUCAGCCUGCAGGGGGAGCUGUUGGACUUUCCACUGAUUCAAUCUUACGGCGUGUUUAAGGACGUUUGGAGACGUCAAUAUUUGUGGAUAAAAUGCUUAAAAACACCUUGUGUGUUUUGAAUUUGAAAUCCAGCCUCACAGAUACGGUUGUCAUGGAGACAGCUGAGUUGAUGACCUGGCUGCAUAAAUCUCCCUCAUACCCAGGAAAGUCCAAGCCAGGGAUGUUUAACUGGCUGUCGGUGGGUCAGUGAAACAAAACAAAUGAAAUGUGCAGCAGGAUCACAAUGAUAGAAGAAUUGCACCUGAAUGUGAAAUACCUUUCUUGCAAGACAGCAGUUCUUGACUGAGUUUAGUUUACUUCAAAUGUCCUCAUUGUUCCUGAAGGAUCUGUACUAGGUUUAUUACACUAUAUUUCUGUUUCAUGGUCAAUAAUUCCUGACGAUGAGAGAGAUAUAUUCUCUGGAACAGCCGUUCCUCUUGCAGCUGGAUGGAGUGACUCAGAAAGAAACGUUAUCAAACCAACUACUGAGUGGAAAUGAUGCACCAGAAGUCUGUCCAUGUUCCUUUUCUUACCAUCCUCAUUGUAUUUUUUUAAAUAAAACGGUGUUGGUGACUGCAGGGUGUGCUGGGACAACUGUUAAGCUGCACCUGUUAUUGUUAUUGCACCUGAUUCUGUUCAUACUAAGGCUUUCUAUGCAUGUAAAUGGUUCACACACACCAGUAUUUCUGUGUUCUGUGCCUCCUUUAAGGGAGGUUGAUUCAUGGCACUCUUUUGGGACACCACAUAUACUCUGAAGUGGUGGCAAUGCUGGCCCUGGGCGGCCGUGAAGCAACACUGACUACGUUUACAUGCAGUCAAAAUUCGGGUUAUUGCUAAUAUUCCAGUUACUGAAACGAGGCAUGGAGAACGUGAUGAUGUAAUUACCGUCAUUUCCACUUCUUCUUCCUGUAUCCAAAUUCAAAACAAAUGCUGCUUCGCCCAACUUUUCUCUCACCUUUUAAAUCUGGCUAUCCCAGUUCUUUGUACCGUCUACAAAUGCAGAAAUGUUCAUAUCCUUCAUUACAUUUAUGAAGUGAUUAGUCUCCUCCUCACUCCAAAAGUGAUCUGGUCUUGUGUUUCUCCGUGUUUAUAAGAACUUCCUGGACUCAAAAGACCAGGAUUCCUUGUGAACAGAGCAUGUGCAGAAAACAAGUUCAUGUUCC